AUGUACAUACACAGAAAUACACAUGCACAGACACAUGUACAUACACACACAGACACAUGUACAUACACACACAGACACAUGUACAUACAUACACACACACACAUACACACAUACAUGUACAUACACGCAGACACAUGUACAGAUACACACAUGUACAUACACACAGAAACAUGUACAAUUGUACAUGCAUACACAGACACACACAAACACACACACAUGUAUAUGUACGCACACCCCACCCCUCAUAAAAAGUUGCAGUACCUCGUUGUUCACUCACAGAGCCGGGGGUACUGCACUCUAGGGGGAGGCAGAGAGCACAGCACACACUCCUUCCUUUGCUUUCAUUGAGCUCAGCUAUUGAGCAGUCUGAUGGCUCCCAGUGCCAAUGACAGAUCCGGCCUAAGCUCCGAGCCUGCUCAGCGAGACGACCCUGGGGGAUACACUUGCCCCCACCAUAAUUUCCACUCGCCAUUGGCGAGCAGGCGAGUGGAAAUUGCAAGCCCUGGUCUA